CUCAUCCCUUUCUCUCUCUUCCCUCGCUGAGAUUUUUUUUUUUCCCCCUCUGAAGCAGAGCCUCCGUCUGCUCUCCCUUGCUGUGAUUUAAAGCUCAGCUGGAUCUCAGGCUGCAGAGAGCGUCUCCUGUUUUGUUUUUUUUUUUGUUGCUUUUUUUUACCCCUGCUUCUGGCACGUUCACUUGAUUGGAGGGAGCGUUAUGUAACAGUGACUGGAGAAUAUAUGCCACGGGAAGACCACGGGCAUCACAGGCAGUGAUGCACACUCUCAUACGGACCGACAUGGAGGCGUGCACGAGCAAGCUUCUGCAGUGAUCCUCUGGUGAUGCUGAGGCUGACUGAUAACGAUGCAGUUCUGCAGGAAGGUGCUCUGCCAGCCGUGUAGCGCCAGGGUCACUUCACCGGAGGAGGACAUGGAAUACAGGAUGGGGAGCUGCAUUGGAAUCUCACACAAGCAGACUGAAGCAGAGAGUCUGAGUGGACGGGACAACCAGGCGCUGCUGACCGAAGCCUCCACCUACCAACCAGUGCUCCCAGAGGUCCCAGUCAUCACUGGAGUGGAGGAGGACAGAGGAUCUGCAGACCAGGACGACAAGGAGGAGCUUGAGUUUCCUCAUGAUCUGCUGCCCAGUUUGGAUUUCAGCAGCGAGUUGAACAUCUGGGAGUCUUCACUGGGAGCUCCUUCUUGCUCCGAUGGGAGAAAGUGUGAGCAGGUGAACCCCCUGCUGGUGGGCCUGCAGCAUCACAUGGAUCUCGGUGGACCACUGCUGGUUUUAGACGGGAGGCCAGAUGGCACCCAGCCAGUAAGCCCAGAUGUCCAUUCUUCACCUCAGCUGGGACCCCUGACACCUUCCCCAACCAACUUCUUGGACCAGGAACUCCAAAUGGCCUUCCAAGAAUGCGAAGAACAAAUGGCGUCGCUGGGAUUGCUCUCUUCUAAGGAGUCUGAAAUGACUCAGGAUGUAGUAGGGAAGGCAACCAAUGAGAGGAUGGUUAAUGAGUCCAGAAAAUCGCUCUCGCCACUUCCAGUUGCAGUGCAGCCAGGACAUAGCAACGGUGGCCGUGGAAACGAGAGUACACAUGGAAACAGUGAGGCAGCACACAGUCAGACGGACACAGUUGUGUUUAGUUUUAGGGAUUACAUUCUAGGAAAGGAGAAUAACUCUAGGAAAACAGAGAUGGAAAAUAAAGUAGAAGCAAAUCAGAGUGUGGAGAAAUGUUCAGAGCCUAAGUCAAAAAUGGAGAUGGAUGAACAAGAGCAGAAAUCAGAUACAAAUAAGGAAUCUCCAAAAGAACAGAGAGACUUAAAGACCUUAAAUGAACAUGUUGGUCUGAGUGUCACUGCUGAGAUGAACAGCUCAAAUGAUUUUGAUGCAGAGAUUAAAGAAGAAAGCCCAGGAGGAAUAAUAGAGGCUGCAACCUUAUGGAAAGAAAAUACAAAUGAUGAGUUUAAUAUCAAUGUUUAUACAGAUGAGUCAAAUGGUUUAGAUGUAACAGCAUCAGGAUCAAGAAAAGAAAGAGACAAGCAAAGGGAGGAUAGUCAGUCAAGAUCAAAAUCUGACAAACAAGUUGGACCGAACAAAGAAGCAAAGAAAAAGAAACACAAGAAAAAGAAGAAGAUAGAAAAGAGUUCCGAGAGUGACCAGGAAGCAAAGACAGAGGUUUGGCAGUCCGAAACUGAAAAACAGGCUCUGUCACGAUCAUAUGUUGGCACUCACACAGAUUUAGCAGAAAAUGCUACAUCUGUGUUGGAGCUAGACUUCGAGCUUCUGACUUGUGGGGAAGAGACUGAUUACAAGCAACAGCUGAGUCCCGUGGGAAUGCAAAAGUCUUUCCCUCAAAGCAGUCUGGAUCAUCUUACUGCUUCAGCCUGUUCACCUGACUCCAUGCAGUCCUUUUCACAGGGGACCCAUCAGUCAGAGAACCACAACAAUAUGGAUAUGAGUGUUAAUGAUCAGAGCUCAGAUUGUGAGCAACAUGUAACUGAAGGAGAAAAUGGCAUCCACUGUACACCAGCAACAAAUCUCCAAACUGCAGGUAUCAGACAAGGUGAUUGUAGUGAAAAGGGAUUGAAUGCACAGAGACAGGAGGCUAUAAUUACUACAAAAACAAAAAUACCCACAGCAGAGGAUCAGAACGUACUCUCCAACAGCAGAACUUGUGUGGGAGACGGUUGUGUGGAGAGCGGCCUUGGAAACGCUGUAAUAGUGGUUAAUACGUUGCCACUGACAACACCCACACUGUCAGAAGUGAUAGAAAGCGAGGGAGAGAGAGAAAGUGUGAGCCGUGAUCUACAGGAGACUGUGGCUACUGUAGCAGUUGCAGAGAGUGAGGAAGGAGCAGGAGAAGGCAAACUGGAUGGAAGAGCAGACUAUCCUGCCUCUGCGGAUGUAAAAAGAGACAAACUCCAGGAGAGCCCCCACCUCGUCUCAUUAAACUGCUCACAAGGAAAUUGCACGCUUCCAUUCUCGGCCAAAGAGGGAGAGACUGAAUGUGAGGAAAGCUGCAGCAGCAAAAUGCCACACAACUUGGCUGAGGCUGAAAUUAAGGGACCGAGAGAAGUGUGCAUUCACAGCACAGACACAGAGAUCUCACCAGCUGAGGAGACGGACGCUGAAAAGGAGCUACUAUUUUCCGAAGGCUGUACGAAUACCUUUGGUCCUCAUUUCCAGAAUCGCAGGAGUGGUGCACAUUUAGAAAGAUCGGAAGAGGGAGGGGAAGGAAGAGGAGGGGAGGUAGGAGAAAAAGGAGGGCUUGCUGGAGAGCACAAUUUACCGAGCCAGCCGAAAGGCUCUGUUGGAGGGGUGUCAUCAGUCAAGACGGGAGCGAGUCCGCCCAGUGAUGUUGCCGAGUCACAGUUGAAGUCACCGUGCUGGGGUGAGCCGAUCGCUACCAUUCCUGAGGGCUCUGAAGAGGAGCGUUUCUAUCACAAGCAGCAUGACGUGACAGUUUUACCUCUUCCCUCUUACUCUGAGCAGCAGCAGGGCUCCAGCCAUACAGACGCCGAGAUAAAGACCGAACCAAUACAAGAACUGGUUCCAGAGGAAGCACUGUCUUUGGAACAACCUUGUCAGAUAUCAAUCAUCACAGAAAGGAACUGCAACCACGUCUUCCAGCUUUUUACCUCUCCUCAGCCUUUGAAUACAUCACAGCAAAGUGAGCAACAAGCAAGAUCGGAUCAACAGGUUGGACCUCGUAGCAUUGAAGAGAAAACAGCCGAAAGUACAGCCAAUACCCAGAGUGAGAGUGGCAGUCCCAACAUGACUGGAAGAGGUGUCCUUUUGUGCACCAGCAGUGGAGGUAACAGAGUUCACUUUGCUGAUGAUGUUAAUUUUAAGCUCAGCUCCUCUGAGACUCUUACAAACAUGCCAGUUCUAGGUUUGGACUGUGCUUCUUUGCCUCCGUUGACUGUUCAUGAGACAUUGCACCAUCCUGUGACAGAGGCCAGCUACACCUUCCCCAAUCACCUCAGCUUUGAUAUGCCGGAAAGCUCCACGAGUACAGGUUUGAUGAAGGAUGGAGAAGAAAUACAUGGUUCAAAUGAGAUUAAAGAACAACGGACGGCCAGUUUGGGUGAAGGUGAUGCUAAGAAAAUGGCCUUAGAUCAUGACCACAAUGAAAGAAGUGCUAUACACUUAGAGGGAAUAGCCGAAAAAGAGGGAUGCUCAGAACAACUUUCUUCUCCCACUGGGGAGAAGCAGAUGGGUAAGGAAGAACAUGACAUUGACAGUGAGACUAAACGCCUGCAGGAAGAUUUAUCUUCAAAACAUGAUGCUACUGUGACCCUUGAAGAAAAAGAAGUGAACCAGCAUAAUGCAUCUGAAGCUGACCCUUCUACAUGCUCUGGUUCAAAACCUCUGGAGCCCACCUCUCAGCCUUCUUGUUUAGAUGAAGCCCCUCAAACUGGACCAGUCUUCACUGAUGUCAUGGAAUCGCCUGAGGUACUGAUGGGUGGUCUUACUGGUUUGACAAAAGAAGAGACUGGCUCUGUCAGCAACCCACCCAUUGCAUUGCAGCCUCCUGGACCAAUGAUGAGUCACUUGGAGUUUAUUACCGACUGCGAUGUCUCUUUUCCAGAGAACAUAGGUACUGAUGGGCACUGCAUCAGCAUCUCCAGAGAGGUGGCAAGCAACCAGGAUGGUGAAAUGCCUUUAAUAGAGAAUCUGAAUCACAGUAGUGCCAGUUUUAGAACAGAUGAAACCUGUCAGGAGCUGAAGGAUAGCAAUUGUGCUGAGCACUCUGAUGAUGAACUCCUGAUAUCUUGCACCAUGAAUUUGAAUAAUCCUUGUUCACAAGUGGAAAAUUUGACUGCUGCAGCCCAGUCUUCAGCUGCAAAUGAUGUACUGUUAAAGGAAAGAUCUGGCAAUAUAAUGCCAACAUGUCUCGAUAAGCCAGACUCUACUAUUAUUGAAACAUCUAACAGAGAUGACCUAGCAUGUGUCAACUACUCCACUAGUGAGACAUAUGUUAACACUGAAAAUGUUAGUAUGGGGGAAACAAAGAAACUAAAAGAAGACAUAACCAUGGAUAAUCAAGAGGAAGCAGCAGAUAACAAAAUGCAGCAGACAGGAAAGACAGACCCAACAUUGCAGCAGCAGUAUAAUGGACCAGAUAAAGAGGCUGUUUUUAUGGGAGCAGCAGUUUUGCAGCCACAACGUAAACACAAUAUGGAGACUGAAUCACCGCCAACAGAAAUAGCAAACAGAGAAGAAAGCAAUAAGAGCUUUCCAUCUAAAUGUGGAAGUAAAACUUCCUCAACUUCCAGCAGAACAUCUGAAAGAUUUUUACCUCCUGAGUUGGAGUCCAACACUGAAACUCAGACUGUUUACGACCAGAGUUUGAGCCAAAUUGUGACAGCAGAGCUGAAAUGUAGCUCUGACACUGACGCUGCACCAGAUCUGAGCCCAGCUUUUGGCCAAUCGCAGGACUUGCAAGAUCUAAACAGUUUUGCCCAAGAACCAGAGCAAAGGGAGCAGAGUUUGGGAUCCACACAUUCCACAGAGGAGAUGUCAGGUGGAACCGCUGACGGCAAAGAAAAGAUUUGCAAUUGGACUCAAUCUGCAGGUCCAGAUGAGAGAGACUGCUCUGAUCAGAGUUUGUUUGAAUCAGUAAACAAGGAUGAGUUGUUUAGAUUUGCAGUGAAAGAAGAUGUGCCAUCUGGCUUUUCUGUAGAUUUAAAUGGAAGUGAAAAUGGUGCAGAUGGAAAAGCAUCAGUUGAAGCAGGGUUAGUAACUGUUUGCUCUCAAGUAGGUGAGAUUGGACAGAGAUUAGAUGUGAAUAAAGACCCUGGCUUAGAGCUGGAUGAGUCAAACAGAAACACAAAGCCAGAACAAACAACUGACAUGGACCAGCACAGAACAUGUGAAAUGUUAAAAAACAGUGCUGCAUCUGUUGAGUUUGCUUCGACUUCAGCUAGCCAACACUCAGUUUCAUCAAAAGUCAGCACAGACAGUCAAGAUGCUCAUAUUUCAAGUACAAACCAAGCUGAUGAAGUUUAUCUGAAGGGGUUUAGCACACAGCAAAAUGUUGGGGGAGCAGAACCUAGGGGAGAGGACUUCAGUGCUGCCUCAGCUAAAGAAAGCCAACGGGGUGACAUUAAGGAUGCAGAGCUGCAAAGCUGCAAUAAAACCUCUGACACAGACAGCAGCCAAGUAGUACAAGCAGCCAUAAAAAGCUCUAAUGAUGAGGAAAUCCCAAAAGAAGACAAGGCAGAUUUGGUAGAGGAGAGGGAACAGAGGGGGGUGGAAGUAGCUCAUAGUGCAGGAAAGCAAGCAAUUUCAAAUUUAAAUGAUAAAGAAACUGGAGCAGAAUCAGAGUCCAGUCUCUUUAACAACGACGCGCCACAGAGCAGCACAGAAACCCCUGCUUGUCCCUCAGAAGGGGGCGUUAGCUGUGCUAAGGAAACUGAAAUAGACGGUAGUGUGAUAGAUAAAACAAACGCUGAUGCCAUCAUCGUCCCAUCUGUUGUUACUUCGACCUCCAUCCCGUCUCCUAAUGAGUCAGAGAAACACCAUGAUCAGGUGGCGUUUUCAGAGCCCCAGGAUAGGGCUGAGGUAAAGCCCUAUCCAGAGCAAGGAUCCCAGGAACCAGAAACAAACUGGAUUCAAGCCCUAAAAGACGCUGCGUACCUCUCUCAGAGCGAACAAGUGAAAACACAAGAUGGCUUGAGACCACUCCCAUCUCUGGAGUCUCCUCAGGUUGAGUUUGUAACUCCCACUGAGGAAAUUCCUUCUGCACUGAUAUCAGACGAGGUGAUCCUACCACAAGAGGAAGCAGAGGAAAACACAGCUCAAAGCUCAUGUCAAAGUGCUGUGAAGAGGCCAAAUGAUCUUCCUAAACCUUUAGAGAAGGUGGAUCUUCCUGAACCAAUAAAAUAUUCGACAGAUCUGACUUCGAAGGCUGAGCUCCCACGAGAAUCAUCCAAAACAACAAAACCUUUGGAGCAAGAGUCAUCUCAAAAGUUGUUCGACAGGAAAUCUGUUGCAACAGAGCACACUGAACUCCUACAACCUGCUCAAGAGACAGAAGAGAUUCUAGUGCCAGCCAGAAAUGAGGUAGAAAUCAGAGAAACAUCAAAUCUAGAAGAUUUACAACCAAACGAGCCAAGAGCAGAGACCGUACAACAGCAGCAGCAGCUUUUAGAAGAACCAGAAGAAAAACCCAUCGAGGUCCCACCUGUGGAGCCAUUCAGAGUCCCUGCUGAGAAAACUGAGGUGCCAGAAACAGUCGAACAUCCCUCCACAGAGCUACAGGACAGCGGGCUCUCCCUCGCUGAGCAGGCAGAGAGCGGCCACCCCGUCUUCACUUCUCCCACUCCUGCCCCCAACGAUCACAGCACUACUCACCUGCCUGCUGUCCCUCCUCACCCCCACAAAACCUCAGCGCUUGCCCCCCUCACAUCUUUGGAGACACUUCCACCAACCCCACCUGCAUCCCCCUGCCUUCCUCCUGCUGCCCCUGUAGACCCCUGUACUCUUCCUGCUGAACCCUGUGAGGACCUUAUCCCUGUGUCUGCACCCUGUCGGGUUCUGUUAAGGAGCUCAGACUCUGAUGGUGCUUUUGAAACUCCCGAAUCUACAACUCCAGUGAAAGCUGUUUCUCCUGCUGAACCCCAAAGAGAGCUGCUGGAAUCUGAUGAUAAAGGUGUUAACGGCUCUGAAGGCGAUCUUAGUUUGGACAUCACUGCAACCGAUGCACCUUGUCGGUCCCCAUCCAUUGCUUUUGAUGAGAACAAACCCAUUGCUGCAAGUGGGACGUACAACUUCGACUUUUUCGCUGGAGAGCCAACGAGUCACACUCUGACUCGCUCUCUCAGCCUCCAGGGGGGGGAGCUCGAUAGCUCCAGUCUGCUGGAAGGAUCAGCCUCUGAAGCUUUCCGUCAGCACUCCGAGUCCUUCAGCGUUGGCACCGAGAACAACCCGGGGAAGCUCCGGAGACCUAAGAAAGUCAGCCCGGGAUCGGUGAAGAAGAAGCCCUUCCUCAGACAAAACUCCAACCCUGAUAGUUCAAAGCCAGCCUCCUCUAGCAGCACCCCUGAAAUCACAAAGCGGGCGAAGCCUCGGACAGCUAGCCCUCUCCUGACUCAGGAGGAUUCGGAGGUUGGCUCUGCAACUCCUAGUCCCGGAGGCACUCUCAGAAAAACUAGGAAGAGCCGUGUUGAAACUCCGCCUCCUCUCCUAGAGGAAACCAAUCAAACCUGCCAAGAGGAGAGCAAAGGAGUCCCUGCCUUACCUUUGUGCCAGGAGGAAGCCCCUCUUGCAGAGAGCGUAACAGAGAAAGAAGCCUCUCCAAUCCCACCCAGUGCCUCAUACAAAUGGGAUCCAGAAAACUUUGAGAACAUCAACCCCUUCAGCACUGGAGGUAGCAAAAUCGCCAAUUCUCCUGUUUUGGGUCGUAAGGGUCCUGUGUAUGGCCCUGCAUCUAUUCCUCCUCUGAGCCCCCCUAUCCCUGCUGCAGAACCACAUCACCAUACUGCCAUCGCCCCUCUGGAAGAGCUUUCCACCAAUCCCGAGGAGCAACCCAUUCUACUCAAGCGUCAACCAGUAAGGCUGGAGUUUGACUACUCUGAGGAAAGCUGCGAGGCGCCACAGCAGGCCUCUCCUCCACCUAAGAAAUUGGGCAAGAAGCCUCCUGGCAAGAUGCUGUCCAGAAAACCAAAGCUGGGGCUGAAAAAAGCAGCUCCACAACAGGUGGAGCAGCUGGACAACACCCCCCCUGCAGCCUACAACGGAUCGGAUGAAAUCCCCAUUCCCAAAGUGUCGUACAACAUUGAACCCGACAAGUGGGAUGACCCAAACUUCAAUCCAUUUUCUUCAAAGAAAAGUAUGCCCAACUCCCCCACCUUAUCCAGGCCAUCUUACAGCUUUGACCCAAACAACAUUGAAGAGUCUACAAACCCUUUUAAAUCCUCCAACAAAAUGGCCGCCUCGCCUCCCAGGGUGCCUGCCUCUUUUGAAACGUCGUCCAAUGACUAUGAUAACGAAAACGACAAUGACAACAUUGGGGAACUGGAGGACCAGAACCAAAACAAACCGGCUAAGAAGAAGAAAACUCCCUUAAAAUCGAAGUCCAGGGGUGUGUCCUCUCUUUGUUGUUUGUUUAAUACUUUCAGAGUGAAGAGGUCGCCAAAGAAAUCCCCAAUGUCCGACACAUCCCAGGAUCCCACAUCUGCAGAAGAAUCUUCGUCCCUUCAUCAGCAGGAUGAUCACGCCACAGACGAGGAGAAGCUGGCCUCCUCCACCGGUCAUAAGUGGGCGGUCCGCCACGAGGUGGACCAAGAUUUAAACACUGACCACCAAGACUUCCCGCAGCCCUGCGACGUUACGACUUUCGUAAAUGAGAACAGUCUCCCUCAGGAGAAUCCAGUCCAGGACUAUGAAAUUGAGUACAUGGAGAAGAUUGGCUCUUCCUCCCCACCACUGUCUAUCAAAAAGCCAUCUCUGUACUUGAACUUGGACUCAGUGUCUGACAACUUAACCAAAGCUGCUUGUGGACAUGGAUCUGAGCCAAGCUCCCCCUGCACCGGGAGUUUUGAGGAAAUGGAAGCCCAGAUAUCUGCAGGCAUGAAGACGCCGGUGUUGAGCCCGCGGCCCGGACCCGAAGGUUCUGCUGGAGAUAAGGGCAGGAAGAGAGAGAGCGAUGUCCUCAGCCGGACACAGAGCAUAGAGAGGGACGAGCAGCCCUCUGGCCAGGGCCCCGUGGUGGCCCCUGCUCCAGCCCAGGCCAUGCCCCUGUUGUUAGACAGGCUGUCAGAGUGUGAGGACCCCCUGCAGUACCUGGAGCCUGACCUGGCUGAGACCAACCCAACCGCAUUCGCCCAAAAACUACAGGAGGAGCUGGUGCUUGCUGCCCUGAGGCUAGAGGCUCUGCAAGUAGCCCAAAGCAUCUCUCAGUGCCCCUCCCUCUCCACUGUAACCCCCCAGUCUCGACUCAAGAAACCCAGCACACGGCGGUGGAAUAUCAACGGUUCACCCUUACUCAAACACCGGGACAUGCUGUCUUCUGUGGAGAGCUCCAUUCCCAAGAGCUCGCUCUACGCCAAGACCACCAGCAGCAGCAGCUACAUCGAAGGCGAGAGUCCGCACCUGCCAAGAGAUCUCGACCAGUCGUUGGACAUCGCACGAGAGGAGAUUGUGUCAAAAGAGAAAGAGGUUCUGGAGUGGCAGAGGAAGUACGAGGACAGUCGACAGGAAGUGGUGGAGAUGAGGAGGAUUGUUGCAGAGUAUGAGAAGACUAUUGCGCAGAUGAUAGGCAUGCCAGAGGAUGAUCAAAAGGAGAAGUCUCUGUCCCACCACACCAUCCAGCAGCUGAUCAUAGAGAAGGAUCAGGCCUUGGCUGAUCUCAACUCUGUGGAGAAGUCCCUGGCUGACCUCUUCCGUCGUUAUGAGAAGAUGAAAGAUGUGCUGGAGGGCUUCCGCAAGAAUGAAGAAGUGCUGAAGAAAUGCGCCCAGGAGUAUCUGUCCAGAGUCCGCAAGGAGGAGCAGCGGUAUCAAGCUCUGAAGAUCCACGCUGAGGAGAAACUAGACAAAGCCAACGCAGAGAUCGCACAGGUCCGAUCCAAGGCCAAGCAAGAGCAGGCUGCCCACCAAGCCAGUCUGAGGAAAGAGCAGAUGAAGGUGGACUCUCUGGAGCGCACUUUGGAGCAAAAGAACAAGGAGAUUGAGGAGCUGACAAAGAUCUGUGACGAGCUGAUCGCCAAAAUGGGGAAGAGUUAGCAGCCACGCCACAAGCUAAUACUUUAUGAACACAAAGUGUAUCACUGUUGCAAGAAACGAUGGACGUUUUAAGGCCAAAGAGGUCUUGGGGUUUUGCUUCCUACUGAGUCUCCACCAAAAUGACCUCCUCUUAUUACUCUGUACAUUUUUUGAUGUGUCAGUGUACUGUACUGUAUCAGGGGUCUGGUUUAAAGUUUUAGAAAAUCUAUCAUAUCAGUGACGAGUGUUGCGUGUGUGACUGUGUGUGUACGGUGACGAAAAACUGCAAGGAUUACUCGUGGGUUGAGUUUUGUGUUUAUGAUGUUGCCAUGACAGCCACUGAGGGAGAAGACUGUUUACCCGCUCCUGUUAGUUUCUCCUCUUGAUGCAAGGUUAAGGUAGAUUUUGAAAAAAUUUAGCCGCAGAUGUUUAGAUUUAUUUGUACAGUCUUGAAACACUUAGACACCAACGGUCAUGAUAGUGUUGCAUGUAAGAGAGAAAGAAAACCUUGUAAUGUUAUUGUUUGUAUAUACUGUAUUGUGGAAAAUCCAAGUAUAAAACAAAAGACUUGUCUGCAUUUUAAUGUAGUUACUAUAUAAGCCUCACCCUGCUGCCCUCAUGUAAACAUUUAAAUAUUUGUUAUACUUGUCAUAGCUUUUUUUGAUGAAAUUGUGGGACUUUGUUAUUUUAUUUGGGAAUUUAUUUUGAUAUAAAGCAAAACUAAUCAUCACUGUAUUCACUUGUGAGCAGGAGUCAUUUAAUUUUUGGAGGACGACAUUCAUAAUUUUUCACUGAGGAAUAAUUCCUCUUCACAGCUACUGUACAGCAUCAGCUUACAAAGUGCAAUAAAAGAUGGCAAUACAGCUGAAG